AAGGAAAAGUCGUCAAUACAGGAAACUGCUUUAGAAACCUCAUUCCUGUCUCUUAAAAAAUAUAGUGGUAUCAGCCAGUUGACAUAGUUUAAAUUCAUUGCCAAGUGCUGAAAAUUCCCUUUCUUGAUAUGAAGAGCCAUAAUUUGAGUAACCAAUAAAAAUAAAAAUUGACUAAUUGGGCAGCCUUGCCUAAUGCCACGGCCAAUAUCAAAUCUUUGGGAUGUCCCGUGAGCUAAUUUUACAGAGCUAGUACAACCACUAUAUAAAGUUUGGACUGCUUUAAAAAAAAAGUCACCAAACCCCAAAAAACAUAUUGCUUUGAACAUAAACUCAUGUUCUACAGUGUCAAAAGCUUUAUAAAAUCAACAAACAUAAGAAAACUAUCAUCAAGGAUGAGGUCAUUAUAGUCAAGCAUAUCUAAGGUCAACCUGAUGUUAUUACUAAUGUGUCGACCAUGCAUAAAACCAGAUUGUUCUUCAUCAAUUAUAUGAUGCAAGCCUUGUUUCAACCUCUUAGCAAACUCAACGGCAAAUAAUUUCACAUCAUUAUUCAACAGGCUAAUCGGUCUCCAGUGGUCUAUAUAAAGAGUAUCCUUAUUAGGUUUGGGAAUCAAAGUAAUUACACCUUGCUUUAAGGAAGCCGGUAACUACCCUUUUUCUAUUGAUUCUUGAAACAUAGCAAGAAUGAAAGGAAUCAAUUUAUCGUUGAAUGCUUUAUUAAACUCGCUUAUUAAACCAUCAUUUCCAGGGGACCUAUUGUCCUUAAGGCUUUUAAUACAGUCUUAUCUCAGUUUCAGAUAACUCAUCACAAAAAUCCCUAAAAUCAUUAUCUAUCUUCUUAGCAAUGUUUGCUACAUUGUCUAAGAAAAGAUCCAUAUUGGAAGUUGGCUGGGCUGAUGUAUACAGAUUCUGAUAAAACUGGGCAACAUGCUGAGAGAUUUAUUUUGGAUUUUCAUUGGGAGUAUUAAUAUAUAUAUGGAAGUCUUUUCACCUGCCCUUUUUUCUAAAUUAAAAACAUAUUUUGUAUUUCUCUCUUCCUCUUCCAUCCAUUUUCGUCUUGAUCUUACAAACGCUCCCCGGGCCUUUUCCUCAUAGAUACAGUCUAACUGCAUUUGCAACGAUGAUAUCUCCAGUAAUUCCUUAUUAGUUAGUUCAGUUUUUUAGUAUAAUCCAUUAUUCCCUUUAUGAUGUCAUAUUCUUUCUCUCUCUUGGCACAAGCAAUUUCUUUCCCCAUUGAAACAGCUAAAAGCCAUGUCAAAUUUAAUUCGCUCCCAGUAACUUCCAAACGUAUUCAUAACACAGGCACAAUUCCAGUAUUUAUCAAUAAUUCCAGCUACUUCCUUCUUAAAUACUUAAUUCUCACAUAAAGUCUUGUUCAUUUUCCAGUAACCUUUACUAAUUUUUUUUGUUGACAAACCAUGCAUAUUUAUCUUUAUUGAGACCCUUUGUGGUCUGUUAAAAUCAAUGGUUCAAUCGAGACUGUAUCAACCUUGUCAGCCAUAUCUUCAGAUAUCAGCCAGAAAUCAAUACGGGAUUGUAUAGAUAAAUCUUUGGUACUCCAAAAACAUAAUCUUAUCUGGGUUCUUAUGUCUCCAAAUAUCUAGAACACCUAACCUUAGACAUAUAUUCCUUAUCUCACAAACAUAAUUGCUAUCCUUAGGAGGCCAUCUAUCUAGAUCAUCAUGUAAUACUGUAUUAAAAUCUCCACCCCAUAUUACUUUGGCCAAUGGAAAUUUAGACAUUUUACUUAUUUUCCUCUCAAUGUAUCUAAAUAAAAUAGUUACUUGACUUGUUAUUGGAAGCAUAAGUAUUUACAACAAUGAAUUGAACGUGGUUGACAUCUACCAAUAGUAUAAUCCAUCUCCCUGUAUUAUCUGCUUCAUGACUCAAUACAUGACCCUUAAAGUUGCCUUUUAAAAUAGCGACACCUGCUGACCGAUUAGUACCAAAUGAAAACCAAAUAUCAUUCCCCCAUUGACACUUCCAAAACGCAGCAUCUGUGGAACAGGCAUGAGUUUCUUGAAUUAAAUAAAAGUCGGCACUCUUACCCUUACAAUACAAAAAUAAAGAUUUCCUUUUCAAAAUAUUACGGAUUCCCCUGGCAUUAAUAGAAAAAACAGAAAUGGACAUUUACUAUCACAGUGACUAUAUGACGAAUAUUAAACGUGUACACGUUCACAUGAAUCGGGUUCUCACAAAAAGAAAAUUUCUUACUAGUUGCAAAUAAAAACAGUCCUUUGCGCCACGCAAGUGGUUGACCUAAAUUAUAUUUUUUAUACAAUUGCAAAUAACAUUGUACCAUAGAUUGGUAAAAACGAAUAGCCAUCAAGCUAACAUUAAGUGUCAGUGCGAAUUUCCCUGCCAUAAAAAAUAUAUAUAAAAAAAGUUUGGCUCACACAAACAAUGCUCUUUCCUCAAUAAAUAAAACGUUUUAUCAGAUGCAAAUAAAACUCAGUCCUGCACAACUCACUUGAUAAGUCCAGCAGUCAACAAGCUAGAAGUCAGCGUGAAUUUCCCUUCCAUUAACAAAAGCCUUGGCUCCCGCAAAGUAUGCACUUUUCCCUUCCUUGCUCUCUCAAUCAUCGGCCACAGACGAUUCCGAGCUUCUUUGUCAAAUGCUGUCAGAUCCUCCUUGAACCUCAGGUUCUUCUUCUUUAAAUAGUCAUUUUUCUUCGCACUUUUCCAUGUCAUAUCCCUCGUUGUCCUCGAGAUGAAUCUCAUGGUCACUGGUCGUGGUGGCUGUGUUUUCCCACCAUCUCUCAGCAGACCCAGGAGGUGCACUACAUCCAGAGAACCUGCAACAACAUUUCACGCCUCCUCCGGGACUAAUGCCCUGCAAAUGUCCUUCAAUCUUGCUUUGAUGUUCUCGUCAGAUUUUUCUGCUUUUCCAUAAAUUCGAAGAUUCCAUCUCAGACUAUACCGGACAUUCUCGUUUACUUUUGACUCCAUUUCAGUGAGUUUCUUCUCCUGCUUUGCAACCUGAAUUUUCAAUGUUGCGUUCUGCUGCUUCAGAGUUUUUACUUCCUCAGCAUUGAAAUCAAUUGAUUUCUUCAGGUUAACGAUGCUGAUAGCGUUCUUUUUCACCAAAUUCAUGAUGUCAUCUGCGCUCUCUUUGAUUUUAACCGUGAGGAUGCGGAAGAUGAUGUCCUGUAGCUGGCUCAUUGAUGGUUCACUUCUCAUCUUCUUUGGAAGUUGCUCCUUGGUUGGGAAUUUCGGGUAUGAAUCACAUUCACCCCCCUUUUUUACACUGCAAGCAUAUGAGUGAGUUUCAACAAUGCCUCUUUUCUCCUAGGAAGUUUCAACAUCCAUUAUCUCAGCAACAGUUGGGUCAUGUCCUGAUUCCAUGCUACUAGCUAUGAAGACUAACUUAAAAAACACGCUGAAACUUUCCUAGCUAGCUUGUUCGUUGGAAAUCGUCAAACAUAUAUUUCAAUGGUUUGAUUAAUUACAAAAUUAUUCAAAAUAGCUAAAUUGUAUGGUUAGAUAUCAUUUUUUGUGAGAAAAAAACAAACAAAUUGCAACUGCAGUCUAAAACUAUACACUUUGUGAGAAAACCCUGAAAUUGUACCUCAGCUAGAAAUGUUACACCCUCUCAUGUCGCCAUCUUGAGCCCCCCCCCCCUCUCUCAGUGGUACAGCCAUGCAUCUGAACCGUGCCCAUCACACCUUUUUUAGGCACAGGUGACCGGAAGUAUAAUCAAAUGUUGAUGGCGGCGGGAUGAGAGGACCAAAGACGUGCAACAAGAUCGGCUCCAUUAUUUUUCAAUUUACCUGUCGAAAUUUAGGAUCUCCGAAUUGGAUCUACCAAUGCCAAACCCCACGGACGACCGUCUGCGCGUGGUGGCCGUGAUACAUGCUUUGAAAGCAUCUGGAGUUCGCGUGAAAAAUUGGAAGAACUUCUUCAAUGGGCAAUACACGAGUGGCCCUGUCAGAACGGAGAGCCAAUCUCAAUUUGCCUUUGGUCGGGACCUGAUCUUGCUGCCCCAGUGCCAUUUAACUGAUAUGAGUGGGACAGUGCCAAAGUUCUUGGUGGAUGCCUGUGAAUUUUUAUCCCAGCAUCUUCAUACUGAAGGGCUGUUUCGAAAGACGGGGUCGUUGAGUCGGAUCCGUGCUUUGAAGGCUGGCCUGGAGCAGGGGGAGCCAGUCUUUUCUCUGCCACAUUCAGCCACUCUGCAGUCCUGUGAUGUGGCAUCUCUUGUGAAGCAGUUCUUACGGGAGUUGCCCUCUCCCCUCAUCCCUAUGGAUCUACAGGUGCCACUGUGCUGUGCACAGGGCUUAGAGGAGGAGGGGGGCCAGGAGCAGGGUAAAGAUGGAGUCACUCUUCUUCUUACAGCCCUGUUCCCUCUUUCUCAUUCACGGGCCCUCCGAUACUUCUGCACUUUCCUUAGACAGACGGCUCAAAGAUGUGAAGAGAAUCGUAUGGAAGUGGGCAAUCUGGCCCUUGUGAUUGCACCUAAUUUGCUACAUUGUCCAGCUGGGGGCUCUAAACUGACCGCAGGCACAGAGAGACAACUGGAUAGACAAGCAGCAGUGAUCAAGACGCUCAUAAUACAUGCAGAUCGUAUCGGUGUCGUUCCCCCUUCUAUUAUGGACAUGGCAACUGUAGCAGAGUCGGGUGAAUUCACUACACCCCCAGUUGAUGGAGGGAGGUUUCAGGAGAGGGAAGGACUUGGUGUGUAUAGGAGUUUAAGACGUCAAAGGAGGCGCAGUGUUGGAGAGAUAUUUGUGGAUGCUCUCAGUAAAUUCAAGACAGGCCGCACACACACUGGCCCUUCACAUCCCACAGACGGCCAGCAAAAUACAAAGACCUCUCACCACACCACACCUCAAUCACCAGUCACAUCCAAACGAAAAUCGAGCGAAGAUACUGUCCCUGAUGUAGAGGGCUCUGCUAAAAAAAGACGCUCUAUCCAUGACCUAAGAGAAGACAGCCAAUCCAUCAGCAAACUACACUCAAAUGAUUCCGAGUCGGCAGUCGGCCAAAGCCCUUCCAGUACUCACACCUCUGUCCUGAGUGUAGUGGAGGGCAGUAGGGAGCAGGAGCUGUCUGUCACUCGCAGUGCCUCAGAGAAGAGGAGGAAUCACAAAAAACAUAAAACAUCAAACAAGCAUCCGGUGCAAGAUGACAAGGCUCAUCGAAGGAGAUCUCUCAGAUUCUUCAACAUGCCAAGCUGGAGCAGCCCUAACCCUUCCCCCACACCAAUUGGGAAUGACACUGAGAAUUGGAUCAUGGGCAGUAGGACGGUAUCUGAUGGUAUGACUGAAGCAUCCAGCUCUGAGGCUGGACUGUACAGGAUUCCUGUCAAAAGGAUUGAUGGCCCUGGACGAGUUCUAGUGGGGAAUGAGAUGGAGGCUAAACCUGAUCUGCUGAACUACAGCUUUGCUGAAAAUCUUGAUGACUUCCUGGAUCUCGCGACAUUUGACUCGCCUACCGGGACAGAAGAUGGGGAUUCACGUGAAUUCUCUGGGCUCAAGUUGGAAAAGGAGACAAUAGAGGAAACAGCUUCAUACUGUCUAACUAACAGUGUAUUUAGGGGUCCGGAGCAGGUUGGGAUAAAAGAAGAGAUGGGUCUAAGUAAGAAGCUGUCAACAGUGGAUAUGUCUGACAGGGUUGGUCAGAAGCCCCGUCGCCCUCGUCGCUCCAUCAGUAUGCCAGAGGUGACAUUGGACCAACUGAGGAUUCAAGAUGAAAUAGACAAGAAGGAGAAAACAGAGAAAGAAGAUGGAGUCUUUGAGGACACCUGGGUUAUGGUGGAGGAACCCCAACAAGCCAGAAUCAUAACUGUGGUGGAUGAAGGGCUGGGUAAAGGAAUGGAUGAAGCAGAAGAGUUGGAGGAAAAACCAUUGGUGAAGAAAGAGAAGAUGACAGAGUCAGGACUCAGGUUUAAGAGGACACACCAGCGCCUGUCUUUAGCAGAGCAGCUCAGGCAUUUCAACGCUCUGGCAACACUGCUCCGUAGCCCCAGGGUUCCUCCCCCGCCCCCUGAACCCCGGCUCAACGAUGUCCUGCAUGAGAGUCAGCGGGAAGGGGGUCAGAGGAGCUUUGUACAUCUGCGUCGGCAGGGAGAAAGGGGGUUUGGACGCUCCAUCAGUCACGAUGGUGUUCCCGGAUCUUUUCCAGGACAAGCUCCUAAAAAUCAGCAGGAUGAGCCAGGGGUUUUUCAAAGCCCCAGUGAGACAGUUCUAUGUUUACCACCAAAGCCAACUCUAAGUCUUUAUCAAUUUGCCCAAGAGGGGCAGAAUGAAAUCCAACAUACUCCAGAUCCUCAACUACAACAGGAUAACCCCUUGCAAACCAUCCAGUAUUUGUGUACUCCUCCAUCACUAAAUCCAAAGCAGAACCAGGAAUCUCACCAAGGGCAAUUUAACAAAUCACAAUUGCAUCUCAGGGAAAGCCAAAUGAAACUGUUGGAGGAACAAUACACAGAUUCAGGUCUGCAUGACCUGCUGGAGAUGCACUUGAAUAUAUGUGAUCCAAAGGAGGAGCAAGGGCAAUACCUUACAGUUCCAAUGCAGUUUGAUAGUGUCUGUCUGAGACAGUCUAUCUUAGGUGUUCUACCUCAGACCAUGGUCCCCCUACAGCAGAAGCCCCAAACUACUGAAGUCAAACUUCCUCUCCCUUCUCCUCUAACCCCUCCUCUCUCUCAAACAGAAACAUGCUCUCCCAGUCCCAGUGUACCCUCUUCCACAACGAUAGACAGAACAUCAUCAACUGAACUCUACACUGAUCCGUUGGUAGCUAACUGCUCUCCUACCUCUGUCACAGCUUUUGACUUUAUAGAGGUCGACAGAGGGGUCUGUGAGAGGGAUGGGUGUUCUCUUCCUGUGGAAUUAUCUCCACCCCCAGUCUUGCAGUUCAGUCACCUGGCCACCAGGAGAGGCUACAGAGAUUCACCUCGCUGGCCUAUCCAUGAUAUUAGCAUUGCCACAGGGGACCCCGUUCAUAUAUACCUUGGUGCAGGGGACCCUCUGCAGAUCUGACAUGUACAGGACAUACAAAGUGGUUCUCUGUUUGUAGUGCUUUGGUUUUGAGUAUUAGGGUUUUAAAAUGGGAAAAUAAAACCACACAAAGAAUGGCAUCUGUUGCUUGAUUUAAUUGUGCCAAGUUAUAUCCUCACAUUUUUAUUUUAUGUUUUCAUGAGGUUGUUUUAUUAGUCUCUUAUGUUUUUUUUAUUAUUUUGUCAUAUCUCAGACUAUUUAGUUUGCUUAAUCUUUAUGUAUUCAGUUUUAAUAAAAAUAUA